AUGGUAGGUUAUAAAUACUUGUCUUUUAAAGUGAAUGAAUUGUGGAAUCUGUCAGUUAAGUGCAACAUUCUUGACCUAGGUUGUGAUUAUUUUUUGUUUAAGUUUGAAAAUCCAGCUGAUUAUAGGUUUGCUCUUCUUGAAGGCCCUUGGUUUAUUGGUGGACAUCAUCUUUCUAUUAGAAGAUGGACACCAAAUUUUAAACCUUCCGAAGAUUCAGUAAACACAACUGUUGUUUGGGCUAGAUUGCUCGAGUUACCUCUUGAGUACUUUGAUAAGGCUGUUCUUGAGAGAAUAGGUCAAAAAAUUGGUAGAUUGAUUAAAGUUGACAAUACCACUAAUAUGAUUUUAAGAGGAAAAUUUGCUAGGGUGUGUGUGGAGGUGUCCACUGAUGAACCAUUACUUCCUUUCAUUAAGAUAGGUUCUGUCAAACAAAAAAUAGAAUAUGAGGGAGUCAAUUUGAUUUGUUUCCACUGUGGAAAAAUGUCACAUAAAAAAGAGAAUUGUCCUUUGGUUACAGAUGCCAAUAAUGCUAAUAAUUCAGAUCAUGUUAUAAACAGUGCAAAAAUGACCAAUAAUGUUUUUAAACCUGCUCAUGUUACAGGUACUGUUAACUCUGCAAUUACAGAAGAAAGCUUUGGUCCGUGGAUGUUGGUAGAAAAGAAGAAGAAUAAAAUUAGAGUGGCUGGUGCUCGUGUGGCUAACCAGAAGGUGCAGGAUAACAGUAGAGGGGUGUCGAACAGAUUUGCUUCUCUUGAUGAGCAAAAUUCAUUUGACCAGACUGAUCUCAAUAUUGCUCAUCAAAGGUCAAUUAAUGCUUAG